AUGGAGCAAGAGGAUCAAGAAGCGCAGAAGCCUUUCCUGGUCACCGCGGCCGGGAGAAGCGGUGAUGGCUGUAACUUAGCUGCGUCCGGCGCCGCCUCGUCCUCCUCUUCGAUUGCGGUGGUGGUCGCCAGCACCGCCGUCGCCGUCGCCGGAUCCUUCGAGUUCGGCAUCUCGGUAAUCAAGCCCUCCCUCUAUAGUGUCUGCUACAGCAUGCUUCAAGUUUCCUGCCUGUAUGGAGUAGAUAACCAAGCUAGAAGACAAUUAAGACCCAAGAACUGGUGGUAUAUUCUGGCAAGUGGCAAAUCGUCAGCACUUGCUUGCCCGGGCAAGUUAAUUUCGAGUUCUUGCAUCCUGCAGGUGGGCUACUCGUCGCCUUCUCAGCCUGGCAUCAUGCAUGACCUCAACCUCUCCUUAGCAGAGUACUCUGUCUUUGGCUCGAUACUAACCAUUGGAGCAAUGCUAGGAGCUAUUGUCAGUGGUACCGUGGCAGACCGAGUUGGUCGAAGAAGUGCAAUGGCGAUAUCAGAUCUUCUCUGCAUUCUUGGAUAUCUCUUGAUAACCUUUUCCCAGAAUUUCUGGUGGCUUGACAUUGGAAGGUUCUCAAUUGGAUGUGGAAUUGGCCUUCUUUCAUAUGUGGUUCCAGUCUAUAUAUCAGAGAUAACACCAAAGAAUCUUAGAGGAGGAUUCGCAACUGUAAACCAGUUUAUGAUAUGUUGUGGGGCAUCACUUGCUUAUGUUCUGGGAACUUUUAUCACCUGGCGGACUUUGGCAACCAUUGGAGUGGCACCAUGUUUGCUGCAAUUGAUUGGCCUUCUUGUGACUCCUGAGUCCCCAAGAUGGCUGGCUAGGUUUGGCCAGCCAGGUGAAUUUGAGGCAGCAUUACAGAAGCUAAGGGGAAAGGGAACUGAUAUCUCUGACGAAGCAACAGGAAUCAAAGAUUUUACUGAAAAGCUUCAGCAAUUACCAGAGUCGAAGAUGUUGGACCUGUUUCAGAAGGAUUAUAUUCGUGCUGUUACAGUUGGAGUAGGGCUAAUGGUCCUUCAACAGUUUGGGGGAGUGAAUGCCAUUUGCUUUUAUGCCAGUGAAAUAUUUGUUUCAGCCGGUUUCUCAUCAGGAAAUACAGGAAUGCUCGCUAUGGUUGCUGUUCAGAUUCCGAUGACAGGACUAGGAGUACUUCUAAUGGACAAAGCUGGACGGAGACCACUUUUGAUGGUAUCUGCAGCUGGAACAUGCCUGGGUUGCCUACUAGUUGGUUUGUCAUUCUUAGCUAAGGAACAUCACUGGGGAAAGGACCUGAACUUAGUGCUGGCUUUGGCAGGCAUUCUGAUUUUCGGUGGAUCUUUUUCACUGGGUAUGGGGGGAAUACCGUGGGUUAUAAUGUCAGAGAUCUUUCCCAUAAACAUGAAAGGAGCAGCAGGAAGCCUUGUGACACUGGUCAGCUGGCUUGGCUCGUGGAUCGUCUCGUACGCCUUCAACUUCCUCCUGGUGUGGAACUCAUACGGUAACUCAAGGUUCACCAAGUGGAAUAGAAUUUUGGUCAGAGUGUAG